GUUGAUUAAGUACUUUUGGGUGCAGACAAAACAUGGUGGAAUGUUAGUCUGAAGUUCUCUUUACUGUUUGCCAAAUAUUUAUCUCUUCUCUUUCAUCGUAAUUAAUUUUUAGGCCAUUUUCAGUUAGGAACGCUUUGAAAAUUUCCAUUAACAUGAAGAAGCAAACCAGAGGAAUUACCGCCUUUUCAACAAACGCAGGGAUGAGUGUGCAGGUCAAUUCUAGUCAAACAACAAACUCGCAACCACAAAACCAACGAUCAAAGGGAGGGAUGAUGGGAGUAGGCAUUGUACAGAAGAAUGUUGUAACUACAGCAUUACAAAACAGUCCCAUAAUGCCUGCUGCCAGCUAUCCCACAAUGCACCAGAUACCAGCAGCCAAUCAUACAGCUACAAUAACCUCCACUGCAGUCCCAUUGGCUAGUCAGAAUGGAUCAAUGGGACUGCCAGUAGGACAGCUUCCUCAGAGUGGAAUUGCACAACAAACUGCACCUACCAUAAACAAUCCAGCAAUAACACCGACACAACAAGCAACCAACACAACUGCAAAUUCUGCAAUUCUCGACACACCUACAGAGGAACAAAACUCCGAAAACAACUUGGCAAACACAAAAGAGAAAACCCCAAUGUGUCUUAUCAAUGAAUUGGCCCGAUAUAAUAAGAUCUCUCACCAGUACACUUUGUUUCCUUCAGAUCUCUCACCAGUACACUUUGUUUCCUUCAGAUCUUUCACCAGUACACUUUGUUUCCUUCAGAUCUCUCACCAGUACACUUUGGUGGAUGAACAAGGUCCCGCCCACAAGAAGACAUUCUAUGUCCAGCUGAAACUAGGAGACACUGAGGAGUAUGCUGCAUCAGGACCCAGCAUAAAGAAAGCACAGCAUGCAGCAGCAGCAGAAGCAUUGGAGAAAACAACAUUUACCCAUCCUCCAUCGAAACCCAACAAGCCUAAUCACAAUAGCUGGAUGACAGACUAUGGGAAUCAGCCCAUCACUCCCACUGUAGAACUAAAUGCCCUGGCCAUGAAGCGAGGAGAACAGACAAUUUACAAACCCACGGAGGCCCAGAGACAACUGCCAUAUUACCAGUGUCCCCCAAACUACAACUACAGGGGCCUAUAUAAUCAGAGAUACCACUACCCGAGGAUAGUGAGGGUCUUCUAUGUGUCCCUAAAAGUAGGUCAGAGGGAAUUCAUAGGAGAGGGUCCCACUCGUCAAGACGCCAGGCAUGAUGCGGCUAAAAAAGCACUGCACAUUCUCCGCAAACUACCAGUACCUAGCAAUGGAGAGAAGAAAGUGGAAAACCUGGUGGAAGUUGAUGGAACACCAAAUGAUAAAGAUGUGGUGAAGUCAGAGAUAAGUCUGGUGCAUGAAGUGGCCCUCAAGAGGAACAUGAGCGUCAGCUUUGAUGUUAUCCGAGAGUCGGGUCCCCCUCACAUGAAGACAUUUGUGACGAGGUGUAAGGUUGGAGACAUGGAAACAGAAUCUGAAGGAAACAGCAAGAAAGUGUCCAAAAAGAAGGCGGCUGAUCUUAUGUUGGAGAAGUUGAAGGAACUCCCACCCCUGCCACCUUCUGUCAUCCGCCCUCGGGCGAAGAUCAGCAAGAAAAAAAACAAAAACAUCAUCAAACAGCAAAUGCAGAAGGCAGAUCCAAAUUAUGGAGUGGGCAUCAACCCAAUCAGUCGUCUGAUUCAGAUUCAGCAGGCCCAGCAGAAAAAGGAACCAGUUUACACCCUGUUAACUGAGAGGGGUCUUCCCAGAAGGAGGGAGUUUGUCAUUCAGGUACAGGUAGAUGACCAGACCUGCACUGGCGUAGGUCCGAAUAAAAAACUCGCAAAACGGCAUGCAGCAGAAGCGAUGUUAACGCUGCUAGGAUACAACAAGCCAUCACCACAGCCAGCGAAACCAGCCAUCAAGUCUACAAACAACCAGGAGGAGACGGGAAUUAAGAAGGUUACCUUUCAAGAGACUUCAGAAGAAAAUGCUACAGAAAAUACUGGUAAUGGUAAAUCCUCGGGAGGACGUCAGCUGGUUCCCGGCCUGCUACUGCUGCCUGACUCCAAGUACAGCAGCACAGUUUACAGACAACCCCAAAGUGGAACACAACCUUUGGAUGGUCACGUCAGUUUCAGUAAAUUGACAAAUUCUGCCACAAGACCAGAAAUUCAUCUCCGAGACCUCACCAGCAGAAAUAAUGUGGUUAUCAAAUUUGAUGAAUUUCAAUCUGGACAGGGUUCUACCAGUGAGUACUUGAGCAGGGUGUCCCUCAUGUCCACUCCUCAGCGUGUGUUUCACGGUAGUGGAAUGUCUGCGGAAGCAGCCAGGGACUCGGCUGCUCUGGAGGCACUUAAAUUUUUGGAAGACCUGGGUAAAGGUGACGGACCACAAGUGGAAAUGGAAGGAGAUCUGGCCAGCACUCCCUCGCUAGGUGGCGCUGUCUCUGCACGUGGCGCCACCAUGUAGAUGGACAAUGAUUUAAACUUUGAACUUUUUCUUCAUGUUGAGGGUUUUACAGAGCCACGCAUGGUUGGUGGAUGAUUUGAAUGCUGUUAUUUGGUUUUUAUACGGCCAUGAUUUUUUGGUGGUUUUCCACUUCAAAUUAUCCAUUUUCCGAAACAUUUGGAUUUUUUGAAUAUCAGGAAAUUUUUGGAUGUUAAUACUUUGUGUUUUUGUUUAUUGUAUUCAUAUUAAUGCAUAAAAACAAGUAUUGUUGUAUUGCAUUUCUUUUUUAUGCCAAUUUUUUUUUUUUUUUUUUUUUUUUACUUGUUAUUGUGCAUUAAAGCUAUAAAAAUUUCCUGUCAUAUUUAAAGUAAGAAUUUGGUGUUUCUUUGUUUUUUUCUAAAUAAGCUGACCGCUUUUAUUUUGCUUUUGAAAACCCUCAAAUAUCGUAAGAAUGAGUGGCUUCUCUUACUGAUAUGAACUUGAAAUUAUUCAAUUCGUGCUUUGUUUGUGUUAUUUAUUGUCUAUUAGCCUCCUCAUUCUCUUAAUAGUUCAAAGUUUAGCGUUUAUUAAACUGGAUUCAAUUUACCUUUUUUUCAGUCCCAAAAUAUUGAGUAAAUUAAACAAUUUUAUAAAUAUCAGUUGGCCUCAUUGCUUCCAAACAAUACUUAUAAAAUAAUUUGAAAUUUGUUGCAGUACAGAUUUCUAUUUUGGUGAUUGACUGUGUUAAAUUGCUAUCCAGAUUAUAUUCAUGAAUAUUUGUGAAGACAAGUGUUGUAAAUAGAAUGUACUCUAGAACACAAUUAAUGGGUGUGUAAGAUUUCUCACAAUACCAGAUUCGUAUAAAAUUGAUAUGAGGAAACUAGUCCUAUACAAGUUUGACCCCACCACCUACUGUGCAUAUUCAAUUUAUGAUAUUUUUUUUUUGGUAUGAUUAACUUCGAUGAUACAUGUAUUUAUGAUCAGUUUCCCAUCAUUGCUUGUAAUUUGAUGUCAGAUAUAAAAAAAAAAGGGGGGGGGGGUAUCGUUUGCAAGGGGGUGUGAUUUUUUUAUUUCCAAAACAUCAUGCAACUUUGUGGAAGAAUUUUCCUCCCAGUGAUAUUUCUUUGUAACUAUAGGAGUCUUAUUCAUGAAGUCAUUUCUGAGUAUAUGGAAAGGAAAGAGGUACAAAAUGUGCAUUUUCUUCAAAAUUUUAAAUAUAUGGGAAAAUUGUACUUUUAUGCCACUGUACAUAUAACUUAGGAUCUCCAGCAUCUGAUAAACUCAGAUUCAAAAAUUUCAAAAGUUUAGUAAAGAAUUGACUUUCAGUCCCGUACUAUGUAUAGUUCUUUGUUUAAUGAAGUUUUUUUCAAAACUCCACAAUCUUUUUCUGUGAUUUUAGAUUUCUCUUGAACUUUGAUAUUAUUCAUCUAGAGCUUGACUAUUGUGAGGGAGGCCAUGCUUAUUUCUGUAUGUAUCUUAGGUAGCCCUUAAAUCCCAGAAGACGAACUUAAAUGUUUGUAUUGUCUUCAUAAAGGGUUAUUGUAGAUAUUUCCAAACUGUGUUCUAGAUUAUUCAAGUAUUAUAUUGAUAUUUUGUUUGAUAAACAGGAAUCUAGUGUGAGUAAUAAUUAUAUUUCAUGUAAAAUGCAUUUUCAGUUCUGUAGAAAGGAUAACAUCACUACCUGGAGUGUUUUAUCAAACUCAGUAUCAUUUUUUCCCCUACUUUUUCCCCCUAAGGCAUAAUUAGAUUGUCUUCAUUUAUAGUCAUUUAAGAGUGUAUACAAGGUCACAGGAAGGUCAAACUAAAUGGUCAGUUUGAUGGUGCUUAAAAUGACCUAGCCGGACCUGGUGUACACAAGAUUUUUCUCUUGUAAAAGGUAAAUCAAGAAUGUGUCAACUUUUGUGUCAUUGUGAAAUUUGAAUAUUUAAAUCUUUGUAAUCUGAAUGUAAUUUGAUGCCUACCCAGAUAAGAGCUUCUAGGAACAGGAAUUCCUCAAGGUUUCCCCCUCCUAUUUGUGUAUACUUGAUUUACCUUUGCAGAUUGUGUGUUUUUCCGUUGUAUGUAUUGCUUUAUUCAUUGUCAGCAAUGUAAAAACACACGGAUUUUUCUGUAUUCAUUAAAUGUUAAAACAAGA